GAGUGCCACUCGAGUUCGGGUAUCCGUGAGACACAACUCAGUGUAUCCGAGAGAUUCAAGCGCAGCGGUACUCGAAACAGUCGGGCGGGUGUAGAAGCCCUCAUUCUGAAAUCCAGCGUUUGUCGCGUUUGUGGCCCGCGUGCGUGCGUCUUCGACUCGGUGGCAGUGGAGGAGAGAUCUGACUGAGAUCCGAAGCAAGAGCUCCAAAAAGAAACCCCUCAAGUGAUCGAAAAAAAGAUACAAAAUACAAAGAAAUACUAAUUAGAAAGCGGGAGAUUCGUCGCGAGUUCCUUGGCACUUCGCGAGAGAAACAAGGCCAGAAUCAAGCUCCUCGGAAGCUCCUGACAGCGGAAAGGUGAAAGAAUUGAAAGAUUCGGCUGCAGUGCUAGUGAGAUUGCCAUCCGCGUGGCCCAGUGUCUGAAAAGUGCGUGGCAGCAGCGUCCGAGGCUCCAAGGCUCCAAGGAGGAUGCCAAGCGGAUUACAGAAAAGGAUUAAAUAACAAAUGGCGAGUGUCAGCGGCAGCCCCCGGAGGACGGCGGGAAAAUCGAACUAGCGGCUAAGAUGAGCAUAGGAGUGCCAGCAGCUGCAGCAAAAAGCGCCGACAACUAGACCGACCGAACACGAGACCAGCUUAGCAGAAGGAGGAAACUCAAGCAACAAUUACCGCGAAAUCUGGGCCAAGAACCUCGAGGAGAACCGCAGUCAAAUACUCCACGUCGACAGGAUAGCCAGCGAGCUGGCCACCAAAAUGGAUACCUUCUCCGCCGGGGCAUGCCUUCUGCUAGUCCUGCUGGCAGGGCCAGUCCUCGGCGAGCAGCACCCGGCCACCGCCGACGAAGGACCCCUUUCGGAGGUGCUCACCGCGGUGGGCUCGGAGGUGGCCCUGCCCUGCGAUCUGCUGCCCGGCACCAUGAUCGAGGACAAGGUCUCCAUAGUCAUCUGGUAUCGUCAGGGCAACACCAAGCCCAUUUACACCUUCGACGCCCGCGGCCGCCCUCUGCACAAGGCCAUCCCCUGGGCCGACGAGAGCGUCUUCAACAAGAAGGCCCACUUCCACUACGACACCAACCCACCUGCCCUGCGGAUCAAGAACAUCCAGACCUCGGACGCCGGCCUCUACAAGUGCCGGGUGGACUUCCAGAGCUCCCCCACGCGGAACUGGCGCAUCAACGUCACUGUCCUGGUUCCCCCCACCCAGCUCACCAUUCUGGACAACCAUGGCGCUGAGAUCCGCGACCAAACGGCUGGACCCUACUUGGAGGGCGACAGCAUCGACCUCACCUGCCUGUCGAGCGGAGGAGUGCCUCCGCCGCGGGUCUCCUGGUGGCGGGAGCACGCCCUGAUCGACGACUCCUUCCAGGUGCUCCCCGACGGCUCGGUGCGCAAUGUCCUGCGCCUGAAGAGCAUCCAGCGCAAGGACCUGCUAACGAUGUACACCUGCCAGGCGACCAACGGCCACGUGGUUCCGGCGCUGACCAAGAAGGUUAUCCUCGACAUGAAUCUUCCUCCGCUUAGCCUGCUGCUCCAAGGGCUGAACCACGCCGUAGUGGCUGGCACCAGGACUCACGUUACCUGCACGGCGAUUGGCGCCCGGCCGCCUCCCGAAAUCAUCUGGUCCAAGGCAGGGCAGAUCCUCAGAGGCGCCACCACAUCUACCUCCGUGGAUGGCAACACGACCAUGUCCGAGCUAAUGCUGAUUCCCGUGCCGGAGGACAACGAGCGGCAGGUGGUGUGCUCCAUAUCCCUGAACUCGGGGAUCACCUCCCAGCAGCUGCAGGAAGGCCACACCACGGUGAUGACCACUUUGGGAAACGGAAACACGGGACUCUACCUCAAGGACUCCAGAGUGCUAAACGUGACUCAUGCACCCAUUGUCAACCUGAACCUGGGCGCUCCCCUGGAUCCUAACAACCUCCUGAAGGGCUCCGACGUCUACUUGGAGUGCGACGUGAAGGCCAACCCUGCCAUAACCCGGGUGGAGUGGUACCACAGUGACAAGCAACUGCAUUCCUCGCGCGGCAUCAUCAUCUCGAACCAGACCCUCGUCCUGCAGGGCAUCUCCAAGUCCUCGCACGGCCAGUACUUCUGCAGGGCCAGCAACCUGCAGGGCAGCGUCUCCAGCAACGAGGUCUACUUGGACGUGAAGUACCCACCCGUUUGCAAGGCAGACUCCACGAUUAUACGUGCCGCACUCAAACAGACCAUCAACAUCACCUGCGAGGUGGACGCGAACCCACUCGAUAAUCUAAAUUACAAGUGGCACUUCAACAACUCCCUGGAGAGCCUCACCGAGCUGCCGCACUCGCCUGGCAUCGGCUCCGCCUCCCUGGUCGCGGACCUGGGCGGAUAUUAUCUGCGCCAGAAGCGGAAGCACGCGCACGCCGGAUUGCAGCCGAGACUCCUGCACGGCCGCCACGGACGCAUGGCGGCCGUGAGGUUCGAGGACGAGGACGAGUACGAGGAGUUCGAGGAGGAGUACGGCGAGGAGCCGCCCGCCCACCAUCCCCACGCCCAGAUGGUCUACUCCAACAUGGUGCACAAGAAUCACGUGGAGCCCAACAAGCAGCAGCAGCGGAAGCCCCAGCAACAGCAGAUGCAGUCCGGCGGACAGGGCGGCGGGGAGGCCCAUCACUCGCCCUCCGGCGGCGGAGGGCUUCAGCUGUCGGAGCGCAAGAGGCUGGCGGCCCUGCACAAGCAGCAGCACCAUCGCCAGGCCAUAGCCACGCCCCCCACAACCACGUCCGCCCCCCCGCUGAACAACGUCUACAGCUACCACGUGGAGAGCUACGAGAGCUUCGGCGCCAUUUCCUGCGUGGCCAGCAGUCCGAUGGGCCACAGCCAGCCCUGCUGGUACCACAUCCAGCCGGCAGAUCUUCCCGAACCGGUGAAAAACUGCACGGCCUUCAAUGCCACGGCCAACUCCCUGCAGAUCCAGUGCAUCCCGGGCUACGAUGGCGGCAUUCCCCAGCACUUUCACGCCCAAAUCUACGACGAGCUCAACCGCCAGAUCCUGUACAACGCCUCCUACAAGUACCCCGAGUUUACGGUGAAGCGCCUGCCCAGCGACUCCGUCUUUGUCAUCCGGGUAACGGCGGUGAACGCCCAGGGACCCAGCAAGGUGGCCUACAGGUUAAGAGGACGCACGCUCUCAGCUCCUCUUCUGCGAACAGCUUCUUCCACGGCAGUUCUGGUGCAGCUCACCCCCCUGCUGGGUGCUCUGCUCGGCGUCAUGGUCACUCUCAUCCUGGUGGCCAUCUGCGUGGUGAUCGUUAUCAAGUUCCGGAGCAAACGCGGCGGUCGUCGGCACGGAAACGGCGGCGAUGCCACCACCACGGAGGCGGACAAGGGCAGUGCGGAGCCCCUGUCCCGCAACAUGGGCAGCCACUCCAGCCUCGAGGACAAAAACCCGGAUGUGGUGCCGCAGGAGGCCAACAGCGAGGAUGAGUUCCAUCAGGAGGAGAAGGCCUUCGACAGAUUGAAUAUGGAAUCACAGCGGAUUCUUUACACCCCACCCACACGCAUUACCACCGCCUCUCCGCCGCCCCCUUCGCUGUCCCCCACGUUCGGCAAACAGUAUGGUGAGCUGUCCCUGACCACGAACCCCGCCUUUAGCCUGUACAACACGCCGCAGCGUGCCCCAGCCGUGCAACGCCCCAUUUACACUGCCCCGCCGCCCCUGCUAUCCACAAGGACUCCCCCCAACAUCUACACCCGCAUCCCGGGUCGAGGAGGAAGCGGUGGAGCUGGUGGUGCAGUCGGAGGAGGACCCGGCGGCUACCAUCUGCCCGCCUACGAGACCAGGACCUCGCCCACUUCCCCCUAUGGAUCCACCACCACCUGCACGAUGCCUCUGCUGGGCGGUCAGUCAAACGGAUCGCUGCAGACCAACGGCAGCGGGCUGGGCGUGGGAGGGGGAAUGGUGGGCGCCUGCAACACACUGCCGCACCCGGGCAGCAGCCUGCAUGUGGGCGGAAUCUCGGCCGCCCUAACGAGCUCGGUGACCAGCGGAAAUAUCACCAUCGGAGCGGCCCAGUCGCUGCUCACCUCGCCCCGCUCCCAGACGGCCACCUACAGCACCACCCUGGGGGCCGGCGGUGCCGGAGUGCAGUCGCCCCUGCUCCUGAGCGGCGGCGGCGGGAACUACGAGACGGUGAGCUCCUGAGAGUUAGCCAAAGAGGACAUCAAGUGUCAGAUCGUGUGCAUUGGGGGGAGCAGUACGUGCACCACCACCACGCUGGGCGCCGAGCGCACCACCAUUGUCUAAGAAGUGAACGAGGCGAUCGGAGAGGAGCGAUCGCAGAGGAAACCAAUCCCAAAAUCUGUAUUAUAGUAACGUAGGUGGGCUGCCGCAAGAACUCGAUAAGACUUCCACACAAAACAAAGAAAAGCUUGGCGGGCAGCUGGAGAGGUGUAUUAAGAAUCGAUUAUAGAUAUAGUCUACCUUUAACGGAUAAUAUAGCACUGUUUUCGAACCCGACUAAACCACAAAACGAGAAGGCAUUUACUUAGAAUCUAAUAUCUUUGUGCGCAAAGGAAAGCGGAGUACUUCAGUGAAAAUAAAGAGCUAUGCUUGUGAAAUAACAGAAAACAGAACAGAAACAGAAAUCGAAAACUAGUUGAAUCUUCAGACUAAGAGAUUAGUGAAUCGAACUAGCUAGCCUAAGCCAUAGAUGUGUAUAUAUGUAACUUAAUAUGUUAACUUAAUUUAGGAUCAGGUCAGCUAACACUUAAUCUAGUUACAACUUAGCCCCUAACGUAGCUUAAACUAAAUUGAACCUAGUUAGUCACAUUGCGAAUCUACGAAAAGACUAUCCCCCGAUCAUAUACGCAUAUGAUAAAUAACAGAAUUUAAUGGCAUAUCUCUAUAUCGACAUAACACAUAUAGCACAACUCGACAGCAAGGAUCCAGCAAGGAAAUAGGCGCAAACUAUAUAUGCAUAUAUAUAUUAUAUAAUAUAUAACAAGUACGAUACGAUACCAUACGAUACGACGUGUCAUCAAAUGAAAUUUAUACUUGUACGUGUACGCAUCAAUCAUAUUCUGUUAAAUGUGAAAUGAGAUUUUAUAAGUAUCUGUUGUCGAAUCUUUAUCAAGUCUAUAUAUUACGAAUAUAUCUGUAUGUAACCAUGACAGGAGCGCAGCGUUCAGUCUCAGCAGCGUCUCUGCCACCAACUGCCCAAAGAGAAACCACUUUCCAGUUCAACUUAUGGCUUAAGGACUUUCCCCGUACUAGCAGACUUCGAUCCCCAACUCCCACCACCGGCAACCCAACACGCAAAGUGCUUCUUCAACGACAAAAUCAAAUGAAUUGUGACUCGAAUUAUAAAUUGUACGAAAGAAACAAAUUAGUUUUGGUUUAGACUAGCCGCUAAGAUCUACUCAUACGAAAGGUAUAUAUUUUCUCGAUUAACUAGCCCUUGUUCCCGAGCGAGGAGAGUAUUUAUUUUGUGUGCGAGCAACACUACUUUAGUUAGUCCCUUUGAUGUAAAGAGUUAAUCCUGCUAAGGAGCAGAAACAAGCGAAAAAUAAAGAAGAAAAUGUGUAUAAAA